GACCCGCGUGCGCCGGUCCCGUCGCGGCCUCGCGUAUCCCGGCGUCCCGGGCCCCAUGGCCGGUCUGACUCUGUUCGUGGGCCGCCUCCCGCCCUCGGCUCGCAGCGAGCAGCUGGAAGCGCUGUUCAGUCAGGUGGGGCCGGUGAAGCAGUGCUUCGUGGUGACCGAGAAAGGGAGUAAGACAUGUCGAGGCUUUGGCUAUGUUACUUUCUCCAUGUUGGAAGAUGUCCAGAAGGCCCUCAAGGAGAUCACUACCUUUGAAGGUUGCAAGAUCAACGUGAAGGUUGCUAAGAAAAAGCUGAGGAGCAAGUCCAAGGAAAAGAAAAAUGAAAAUUCAGGGUCCCCGAAGAAAGACCUGAAGCCUAAGAAGGCCAAAGUGGCAGAUAAGAAAGCCAGAUUAAUUAUCCGGAACUUGAGCUUUAAGUGUUCAGAAGAUGACUUGAAAACAGUAUUUGCUCAAUUUGGAGCUGUUUUGGAAAUAAAUAUCCCAAGGAAGCCAGAUGGGAAGAUGCGUGGUUUUGCUUUUGUUCAGUUCAAAAACCUCCUAGAAGCGGGAAAAGCUCUGAAAGGCAUGAAUAUGAGAGAGAUAAAAGGGCGGACUGUGGCUGUGGAUUGGGCGGUGGCAAAGGAUAAAUUCAAAGAUACCCAGUCUGCUUCUACCCCAGGUGGAAAGAAGAGCUGUGAACCUGAACAUCAGAAAUCAGUUAAAAAGAAUGGCAAAUUGGAAGAGGAAGGAGGUAGUGACAUUGAAUCUGAUGGUACUGAAGAUGAUGAUGAUGAAGAAGAAGAAGCUGUUAAAGCAAAGGAGAAAGAAUCAAAGGUGACCACACAGGUGCAAAUUCAGAAGAGAGCAGCCAAGCGAGCAGCUGCCACAGAAAGCAGUGAGGAGGAGGAGCAUUCUGACGAGGACAGUGACGUGGAGGAGGGAGGCAGCACCGAUGGCGACGAAGGGCCUGUGCCGAGCGAGAGCAGCGCUGAAGAGCCAGAGGACGGAGAUAUUCAAGUCUCGAAGAAAAAGAAGCGGAAGUUACCCUCUGAUGUGAAUGAAGGGAAAACUGUUUUUAUCAGAAACCUUUCAUUUGACUCAGAGGAAGAAGAACUUGGGGAACUUCUCCAGCAAUUUGGUGAUCUUAAAUAUGUCCGCAUCGUCUUGCAUCCAGACACAGAGCAUUCGAAAGGGUGUGCAUUUGCCCAGUUCAUGACUCAAGAAGCAGCUCAGAAAUGCCUCACGGCUGCUUCUCCAGAGGCUGAGGGUGGUGGUCUUAAACUGGAUGGCCGGCAGCUCAAGGUUGACUUGGCCGUGACGCGUGAGGAGGCUGCAAAGCUUCAAACAAAGAAGGUGAAGAAACCCACUGGAACCCGGAAUCUGUAUCUGGCCCGAGAAGGCUUGAUCCGUGCUGGGACGAAGGCUGCUGAGGGUGUCAGUGUGGCAGAUAUGGCCAAACGAGAGCGGUUUGAGCUCCUGAAGCAUCAGAAACUGAAGAACCAGAAUAUCUUUGUCUCCCAGACCAGGCUUUGCCUGCACAACCUCCCCAAGGCUGUGGAUGACAAACAGCUCAGGCAGCUGCUGCUAAAUGCCACUAGGGGGGAGAAGGGCGUGCACAUCAAGGAGUGUAGAGUGAUGCGAGACCUUAAAGCAGUUCAUGGAAAAACAAAGGGUCUGUCCCUGGGGUACGCUUUUGCAGAGUUCCAGGCACACGAGCAUGCCCUGAGAGCGCUUCGCCACAUUAACAACAACCCAGAGAUCUUCGGGCCUCAGAAGAGACCCAUAGUGGAGUUUUCUCUGGAAGAUCGAAGGAAACUUCAAGCAAAGGAACUGAGGAUCCAGCGCAGCCUGCAAAAAUUGAAAUCAAAACCUGCAGCCAGUGAGCCCCAAAAGAAGCAAAAAGAACUUGGAAAAGACAAACAACAAAAAGAAGCUCAAAACCACACACAGGAUCAAAGCAAGGUUUCCCAAGAGCAAAAAUGGAAGGUGGGCUCCACCUCAUGGACGGGGUUCCAGACCAAGGCCGAAGUGGAGCAGGUGGAACUGCCGGAUGGGAAGAAGAGAAGAAAGGUUCUGGCGCUCCCUUCACACCGAGGUCCCAAAAUUCGGUUGCGAGACAAAGGCAAAGGGAAGUCCCUUCCUCCCAAGAAUAAGAAGCCAAAGCCCCAGAUAAGCCAGUGGAGACAGGAGACACAGCAGUUGUCAGCUAAGCAGGCAUCUAAGAAAAAAGUUAAAGGAAACAAAGCAGAAAUCCACUUCAACCAGCUAGUUGAACAGUAUAAACAGAAAUUGUUGGGACCUUCAAAAGGCACACCUCUCAUCAAGAGGAGCAAGUGGUUUGAUAGUUGACGCUGCACAUAGAGUAGGUUAAAAGCAGGAAUGCACUUCCAGGCAAACCUUCUAAUCCUGCUCCUGCCUCCAUGUCUUUUACUGAGAGAAAGAAAAUCCCAGAGGGUGCCCCCUUUGUUGGGGGUUCCUUGGGCUAUGUAUACCUGAACUUUGGUCUGUUCUCCAGUAUGUGGUUGGUUAGCCGCAAAGAAAUGUCAGGAACACAUGAUCUUUUUUGUAUAUUAUUUACAUUAUUGUAUAAAGUUACAUGUUUUUAUUAUAUUUCUCAAAUGGAAACAAUUAUAAAAAAAAUCCUGGAUUGCCCAAUUUUUAAGUCAUAUUUUGUUAAGCAUCCUC